AUGUGCAUUCCUUUCAUAUGCAUUGGGCGCCAAAUUGCGCUGCGCGUUGCUGGGAAUAGCGAGGCCUUUAGCGGAACAGCAAAGAGAUCUUCUCCAGAGAGAAUUGCAGACCCCAAAACGAGCAAUUUGCAAAUCAUGCAGAGGCAGGCUGAGAGCAUUGACUUGCUUCAUCACCCUGCCUCUUGCAAGGGUCUGGUUCAGGAAGCAAACAUCGAAACAAAGAAUUUGGAAAAUGGACAUGUCCGGGAAGAUGUUGAUCCCAAGGACCCAAAUCGUUGGAAGAUGAGCCCAGCAACCAAUCCCACGAUAUUAUUCCAAAUUCUAAGGCAUUGCUGUCUGGACAAGCACAUGCUAGAGUGUCCUGUUAGCGGGAGUCCACUGGCAACAAACGGUCUCCAAUGA